UGGGCAAGUGGAUGGCGGUGGCUGCAGUAUUGGAUCAGCAUCCGCGCACGAACCAUCGCCAGCUCCGUCGACCGACCAUUAUAAUAUAUUCUAACUGUUUCUAUUAUUAUUAUUAUUAUUAUUCCACAUCCUAGCCGACGAUUAUUUUACAUACACCCAAUAUAACAUCGUAGCUUAUUAAAACAAAUCCUUUAAAAAUGCAGACCACUCAACGGCUCUCGGUCAGCGUGCUGAUGGUGUUGUUACUGCUGGUCAUCGGAUGCCUUUGCAGACCGCAGGACACCGGCAAUGGCCAACCGGCAAAGGACGGAGGAGUCAAACCACUGGAGACAGCGACCGGGCCCACGAUUCCUUCCAACAACCGGAUGAGCAGACUUCAGAAACCCACCCAAGUGUUAAACGUGGGCUUCGACGAGAUCGUCGUCGAGUCGAAUUUGCAAGUGCACAACCGAGUCGGAUCCAAAAACAAAUCAAAGAUCAUGUUGCCUUCCAACUCGACGACCGCGGCCACAUCGAUGCAGCCCAACAAAUCGGCCAGAGCGUUGGUGGUCUGACGCGUGCGACGGCGCACUUAUCACUGAAACCAAGAGAUGUAUAAUAUUUUAAUAUACCUUUACCUGUCUUACUAUUAUUUACCAUAAGCCACGCGCAAUGUUUUAAUCCGGACAAUAUUAUUAUUAUUUUUAUUCAAACCGCAUCGCGUUUCGGUUUGCGUCGAGUUCGACAAUUAAUGCACCGAACAUGUUUGUAAUACGAAAAAAAAUGGAUGUAAUAUAUAUUUAUUCAUGAAUUUAAUAUAAAAUACUUAAUAUACGAACAAGACUCACGUAAUGUAGAGUUGUAAUUAUGCGUUAAGACAUAUGCCAACAGCUAUUGACUUGUAUUAUGGUUGUUUAUCGAAUUAAGAAUUGUAAAAAUUUGACCAUAUAUAGUAAUAUAGGUACUUCAACAAUACAAUUUCUUCUUGCGUAUAGAUUCCUGUACAGAUCCAUACUGUUAUUUUUUUGCGCCUAUAUAAAAGUAAGAAUUACGAUAAGAUUAAUAAGAUUAAAAAAGUUUUCGUUUUGCUAUUGAGUAAUAUUAUUGAAACAAUAUUAAAACAUUUUCAAUGAAUAAUCUAAAUAGUAAAUUAUAUAAUACAUGUAUAUUACAAAAAAUAUUACAGUUAUAAUCUCGAUUAAAACUAUAUAAUUGUAUAACUUUAGUGUUGAUUCGUUUGUGCUUGUGUAACAGCAACUAAAUAUUUAAUAAAUAAAAAGCUGAGUCUUAAGAAACUUUUUUACACUAUAAUACUGUAUACGUCUUAUUUAAGUUGUUUAAUAUAAUGUGAAUCCAAACUACA